CUAAGGCACAAUGACAGCUACUCCAAAACACACCCUCUUCACGCCAGAACCUCACUAUAUCCCUGGUUACAGCUACUCAGGAGGAUGAGGCAGGAGGAUCACUAGAGUCCAGGAGUUGAAGACCACCUAUCUCCAAAAAGAUAAUUCACCCUCCUUGAGUGACCACACAGCCUCCCUGACCUCAGCAUGCUGCGCUACCAGGUGGGGAACACCUAUGGGCGAACCACAGCACAGCUGCUCACAGAUCCCAGCGUGCAAAAGAGCCCCUGCUCUGUGCUGUCUCCCAUGUCCAAGCCCAAGUUCAUUGAGGACUUCAGCCAGUCCAAGCCGCCCUGGGUUCCUUGCCGGGACCUGACUGAGCCCCACAUCCCUCACUACACUGGUCUGAAGCCCUACAGGAACUUUGAGAUCCUGGGCAAGCUGCCACUGCAGGAGGUGGACGCCCAGGGGCCACUGGGAGCAGAGAACACGUCCAGACAGGUUGUGCUGCCCGCUGGCUUUAUGCCCUAUCCCCCCUACCCACCGUGCCCACCAGGCAGAAAGGGGGUCUCUAGCGACAUGGGACACCCGGGCCUGAGACUGGCAUAUGGUGAAGAGGCCUGGAAGAAUGCCAACCCUGUCCACGGGGCCUCCAAGCAGCACCAGCUGUACCACCGCAGAAGGGACGAGUACCCUCCCCCAACCCACCAGCUGGAAACACUGGACAUGGAUAGGUUCCAGCGACUGCCCCAGCUGGACCACCCCAACCUGAUCCAAAGAAAAGCCAUCUCAGGCUAUGCUGGCUUUAUCCCCCAGUUCACCUGGGUGAUGGGGAUGAAUUACUGCGAUGGAGUCACACAGGCUAUGGACGAGUUUGACAAGAACCAGUUUCUGUCCAGAAACCCUAUCUAUCCUCUGGGGCAGAGGCUGCCCAGGACACACUGGCCCUACACCACCAUCUACAGAGGCCAGGGCCUGAUCCCCUUCUACAUGGGGUUCGUCCCCUCCAUGCAAGACAACUAUGCAAUGACAUUUGGCAACAGCACUCGCAAGGCCUGUCAGAAAGAACUCGAAAGGCGAAACGACACACUAUGAAAAUGUUUUAAUGGUGGUGUCUGUACAGCAGGUGAUGUCAGUACAAGGACAGCAGUGCACACGGUGAGAAA